UAAAAUAUUUUAAAGUUGCAAUCUAAUUUAUUGUUUUAUAGCGAAAGAUGGUAUUUUUAAGUAAAAGCUUGUAUAGGAGCUAUACAAAAAUGCUAGAAUAUUAUUCACAAUUUGUGCCAUCUGCUUUGUCAAUAAAACAAUUUGUUGAUUUUGGCCAAUCAAAUCCCAGUGAACAUAUGUCAUUUAUGUUUUUACAAAAAGAAAUCCCUGUUAGGUUAGCAAAUAUGAUGAGAGAAAUUAACUAUCUGCCAGAAAAUUUAUUAAAAAUGCCAUCUAUACAAAUUGUCAAAAAUUGGUAUAAACAAAGUUUUAUUGAAAUAUUAAAAUUUGAAAAUGUUCAUCCAACAUCUGCAAAGAUAAAACAUGACUUAGUUGAGACCCUUUUCCGGAUGAGGAAUAGACAUAUGAACGUAGUGGAAACCAUAGCCCAGGGCAUAACGGAAAUGAAAGAAACAUAUGGGGAGACAGCCAAAAUAGAUGGAAAUAUACAAUAUUUUCUGGAUCGGUUCUUCCUAAGCCGUAUCAGCAUAAGGAUGCUCAUAACUCAGCACACUAUGAUGUUUGGGGGCGUAAUCCCGGACCAUCCCAGGAACGUCGGAUGUAUAGACCCACAUUGCAAUAUUCAAUCCGUCGUACAAGACGCAUUCGAGAACGCAAGGUUCGUGUGCGAUAAUUAUUAUAUGGCAUCACCCAACGUUGAAAUCACUAGCCAAAAUAUUAAAGAACCAAAUGCUCCCAUAGACGUGGUCUACGUUCCUUCCCAUCUCUAUCAUAUUCUUUUCGAAAUCUUCAAGAACGCGUUAAGAGCUACGAUAGAAUACUCGGGAACCGAUAACGAAUCGUUUCCGGCUGUUAAGGCGCUCAUCGUCAAGGGGAAGGAGGACUUGACUAUCAAGAUAUCUGACAAAGGCGGUGGCGUCCCACUUAGUAAGGUGGGUAAUUUGUUUCAAUAUACAUAUUCUACCGCUCCUACACCGAAAAUCAAGGAUCCUUCCCUCACAUCUCCAUUGGCUGGUUAUGGGUUCGGAUUACCCUUAUCUCGUUUAUACGCUCGCUAUUUUCAAGGCGAUAUCAAGCUCGUUAGCAUAGAAGGUUAUGGAAUGGAUGCGAUAAUUUAUAUUAAAGUGUUACCCAGCGCGGCUUCGGAACUUCUCCCAGUUUUCAACAAGGCGGUCACGAAAGUUUACACGUCUUCUACACCGACAGGCGAAUACAGUGGGUCUCCUCUUUCGAAUUUUCCUUUAAAUUCUUCGAGUAGAACCUCUUCUUUACAAGAAUCCAAUUACAUGACAGAUCCGGACAUUAAACCGAAGGCUUACGAACCACCUCUCUCCUACGAAUACUUUUUGGAUUUGAUUAGGAAGAAGUAUGGGGAAGGUAAGGUGCCCGAUCAUUUGAUAGAAACGUUGUCUAGGCUCAGCUCGACCGCCAGCUAUCAGGAUGGUGAAGGACAGGAUAAUGGUGAGGAAAGCAAAGGUCAAAGAGAAAGGGAAAUCGAGGAAUUGAUUAAAGACUUCAAAAAAGAAGAGAAAUGAUUUUUUUAAAGCCCGUAUCUCAUUAACAAACAUAUUCUUUUAUAUUUUAAUAUAUUAAAUA